GAUGAACAAAGGAGAUCCAAAGAAUUACUGGCCAGAAUGGAACGUGAGAAACAACUCCAACUUGAAAAUGCUAGCAUUCGAUUACAAUCUUCUGAAACAGAAUGUUCCAGUUUAAAAGAGGAAAUAGCUAGGCAACGAACACGAAUAGAUAAAUUCGAAACUCAAAGACAAGAAAUGAUGGAUCAAAUACAGGAUCUUACUAAUGAUCUCAACCGAAGUAAAGAGGAAAUGAAAACUUUCAAAGAACAAGAAAAUAGGUUAAAACGAGAUUAUGACAUCCAAACACAUUUAUUGGAUGAACUGUCCAAAGAAGUUGAAAGACUAAGAAUGGAAACUCGUACACCAGCUUUGCCAACAACUUCCCCAGAAACUUUAAGAUUAGAGGAAUUACAUGAAGAAAUGUCUGCCCUAAGAGCCGAAAAUUCCCAUCUCCAGGAAGUAAACGAAGAACUACAGGCAAGCCUUCUUCAUGCAGGAUUGGAGACUGGGAGAAUGCUUACUACUGGUGAAAAUAAUCUUGCCGCAGAACUGGACAUUAUGUCUCAGGAUGAGGUGCAGAAAGCUUUAAAAGAGCAACAAGAAGUUAAUAGACAAUUGAGGACUUACAUUGAAGGCAUAUUACUCAACAUUGUUGAAAAUCAUCCCCAACUUCUUGAAGUAAAACAUCAAAGGCCUAUUUAAUAAAUUUUAUGUACCUCAAUUCUUCGGUACAAAUAA